CAUAGAAUGAUAGUGCUCCAAGGUGUUCACACUGCAGCGUUGGAAGUCAUCCUGCUGUCUGCCUCAAGACAGUGAAGCAGACAGAUUUUAAUGUGAGAUAAAGUGGUGGUAAUUAUAUGUGAAACACCCUGAUCAACAAAAAACAACCUUUCCUGUAAGUUUAAGGUGUCUAAGAUGAUGGGUGGAGCUGGAGAUUUAAAAAGAUCAGCACUGGUCUGAGAUGAUCAGGUGCUCCUGCAGUACGGCACGCGUCCUCAACAGAACAACUGGCUGAAGACUACAAGUAAGUGGUUACUUUGCAGUGUGCAUCGAUUCAUGCUGAAAAAUAAAGAUAAAAAUGCAGAGCCUGGUGGAUGAUUAUUACAAAUACUUCCAAACCUUUGAGUUGCUGUUGGCGAAUUCCACAGAACACCAAUGCAUGAAAGAUUUUAUCCACAUGACACUCCCAGACAUCCUGGCCAGCAUUGGAACAGGAGAGUCCACUUUGAAUGUGAUGGGUGUGGGAAGCGGAUCAGGUGAGAUUGAGUUGGAAAUUCUCAAAUUGCUGCACAAAAAGCAUCCGGAUGCCAAAGUGGAGAAUGAGGUGGUAGAGCCCAGCAACAUCAUGCUUAACAAAUAUAAGGCUUUAUUAUCGAAGACGCCCGGACUUGACUAUGUGACCUUCAACUGGAAUGAAAUGACAGCGACAGAGUUUGAGAUAGAAUGGAAGAAGAGAAAGUCUGAAAAGAAGAUGCAUUUCAUUAACAUGAUUCAGAUGCUGUACUAUGUGGAGGAUCCAGAGGCCACGCUUUCCUUCUACCGUAGUUUACUGCACAAAGAUGGCAAAGUCCUGCUCGUUCUGGUUGCAGAUGAAAGCGCAUGGGCCAGGCUAUCGAAAGUGUGCGACACUCAGGUGUGCAAGGAGGGAAUUUCGCAGAACUUGACUGCCAGUGAAAUCAAGAGCUUUCUGGAUUCCAAAAAAAUCCCCUACAAAAGCUACAAACUCCAUUGUCUGUUGGACAUCACAGAAUGUUUCACACCUGGAGUUGAAGGAGACCAGCUACUAGACCUUCUGACCGAGGUGAUCGAAUUCCGUAAGACCGCUCCGACAGAGCUGAAGGAUAGAGUUCUGGAGUUUCUGAAAUGUCCUGAAAACAACCAGACGGUGAACGGCAGGAUCUUGUUUGACUGCAGCAACGAGGCUUUGCUGAUCAAUGCAUAGUUAAUAGAAUCCAGUUGUCUCAUACCUUUAUGUAUAUGUACAACAUUGUAAGUGACAUAUUUCUGUUGGAAAUAAAAUGUCUUAUGCCAUCUUCUUUAAUCAUAUAUUUUUUAAUCCCAUUAAAAUAUCGUAAUUGAAGAAAAUUUUAACCCAG